AUGAAGAAGAACUUCACUCGUCUCGUCGCCGGCGCGGUGUUGCUGGCGAGCGGCGUGGCGGCGGCGGAAAACUGCGCGAGCGUCGCCGUCACAGCUAUUCCUUCCUGCGCGCAAAGCUGUUUCCUCGACGGCGCGUCCUUUGUAGGAUGCGAUAGCCUCGACUUUUCAUGUCAGUGUGGACAAGAGGCGGCUCUCUACGCCGCCAUUGAGCCCUGUGUUGCAACGGGCUGCCCGGCCGCGUCGUUCCAGGCUGUCAUCAACGGAGCUUCAUCUGUCUGCGGUUGUGUCGGCGCAGGGGCUGUUGGUGGCUCAACGGUGUCCGGGUCAUUCGUCUCAGCCAUCUCGGGCUCUUCGUUCGCUUCAUCGCCUGCGACCGCAACAGCAACGGCAUCUGGAGGCGCCGGCGGCGGAGGUUCUGCGUCUGCCUCGGCAACGCAAGGCGGUGGCGGCGGAGACACAUGGAAUCCCCUCCCCACCAGCCCCCCGUUCUCGACGUCGUCGCCCGUCAAUGCUGCAGGUCGCCAAUCUGACUCAAGUCUCGCUAUGCUCGUCGCCUUUGUCGGAGUGGCAGUAGCCGCUGUGGUCGCGCAAUGA